AUGGAGGCCGUCGCGUCGACGUCGCGGGUCCGGGGCUGGUCGUCUCUCCCGACGGACGUGCUCGUCCGGAUCCUGGGGAGUCUGCGGUGGUCGAGCCACCCAAACGCCGCAUUGGUGUGCCGGCAAUGGCGCUCCGCCGUGUCGCUGUCGUCCUUCUACCCAGCGUGGAUCACCCCGCUCCUCCUCAGCACCGCCGGCGUUGGCACCGCCAACAUCCGGUACUAUAGCCCUUACUACGACAAGAAUUUCGAGGUCGAUGGACUGCUCAAGGUGCCCGGCGCGAAGAUCUGUUGCUCCACCGGACGACAUCUGAGUAUGUGCGUGGACCAGUCCUUGGUGUUUGAUAUUGACCUCGUCACUGGCGCCCUUGUUGAAGUGUUGCCACCAAAACCUCAUGCAUUAUUCAAUUUUGUUGUCUCUGACGGUGAUGAGAGGCUAUUUGGUGUCGAGGCGAUUCUUACCAUUAAGGUUGCUAGCUCUAUCCGAAACAGCAGUGGUGAGUGGGAGGAUUGGAAGUUGACGGAAUAUCACCCUGACUUGCCACGUAUUCGGGUAUCACCGGACACCAACCCGGUCCUCCAUAACGGCUUGCUAUAUCUUCUAGCUCAAGAUGGGAGGUUGCUGGUCUAUGAUCCUUGCAGGCAUGACAAUGGAUUUGAGAUUCUUGACAAGCCUGACGGCUUUGGGUUCAAAUGUGAAGAUAGCUACUUGCUCCGGUCCAGCCAAUAUGGGUUGAUGGUUGUACUCAUUGAACGCCGUGGGAAGGCGGUCCAUGUUUUGAAGCUUAAUGAGGAAACAAUGGAGUGGGAGAAGGUGGAGAGCCUGCAUGGUCAAGUAGUGUUCACUGGGUCGCUGACAACGAUAAUAAAGAAGCCCAAAUUUAAGUGGAUGGAGAACAAAGUUUUCCUCCCGAGGUUCUACAAUUGGCCUGAGACAAUUCAUGUUGAUCUUGUCACUCGCGAAGGGGAAAUGGCCUUUGUACCAAAGUCAUCGUCCUACUCAAAUACCCUUGAUGCAAGUAUUACGAACAUUUGGUCUUAUGAAUUAGGAUGCGGAACACCAACAAUGGAAUACUGGGGGACAGAGAGACCGGACUAUAGUAUCUGGGUUGAUUUCGCUGGCAAUUGA